CGUCGCGCUCCUCGUUCGACUUGGUGCGUCUUCGUCUUCCCAUUUCAGCUCCGCGUGUGCGACGCGUCUGACGCGUUAUCCCACGUGCCCUUAGAGCCUUCCUCUGUCACUUCUAUCGCAGCCACCACCACCACCACCUCCUCCUCGUCGGUAUGGCGCAACCACAGCAGCCCUAUCCAGAGACCGCCAGCAGCGCCUCUGGCUCUGCGACUUCCUCGCCUCACGCGCACCCCGACAGUCCACCGUCCGAGGGCACAGAUGAACCCACCGAUCUUGACCGCAUCGACGAGGGUCCUUCGCCAUACUCUCAACGCCGCCGCCGGUCGACCGCGCGUGGCGAUGGCGGCCCAGAGUCUCGCGAGAAGCGCAAGCGGUCACGCGUCACUCCUGAGCAGCUCACCCAGCUCGAGAGUUUCUUCGUAGCCAACCGGAGUCCAACCGCCGCUCGUAGGAAGGAGAUCAGCGAUAUGCUGGGCAUGACUGAGCGCCAGACGCAGAUAUGGUUCCAGAACAGGCGUGCUAAGGCCAAGCUACAGACGGGCAACAAGGGACGACCAUCGACCGAACCGUCACCCGACAUACCUUCGAUCCACAGCUUCGCUGACGACCCGCAGCUCCGCGCAUGGAUACAUGAAGACGGACCUGUCAGGCUGAUCUCGUGCACCGACCUGGCGAUUGGGACCUGGCGCCGAAUCGCGACGCUGCAGGCCAAGUACGAUCUCUUGGCCUACGUCUGCGAGGCCAAGAGGUGCGUGGUCUGGUACGUGCACUGUGCCGGCUCUGGCUUCAAGAUGGAGAUCCCUUUCGACAUCAUCACCGACGUGACGAUGGACGGCGUCUCGCCGGGAAUGGCCAUGGUCUGCUUGACGCUGGCGCGGCCACCCUUGUUCUUCCUCGAGAGCAGAGCAUCCUUGGGCGCGGAUGCCUCAGCCACCCCAUUUUGGAGACCGUGCGCCGACUGGACAGAGGACAUGCAGGCGUCGAAGGUCCUCCGGCAUGAACUUGUCGGCGCUGCCGCCCAGCUAUCCCAGGACCUGAUAGAGAGGUAUCAGCUCGGCAGACACGCUGUUCAGGGCUUCACGGCACGGUCGUUUGCGUACAGUGAUGAGCAAGCGACCUUCGACCCCGUCCCAGCUGUCCAUGCGCCCGUUCCCGUGGCUGCUCAUCCCAGUAUGUACCACCCACCGCGGAUAGACUACCCCUUGGGCCAGCAGGCUAUGCAGCCGAGUCUCCUGGCUCGGCGAGCGUCCGAAGCGUGCAUCUCGACCCACUCGCCGGCACCCUGGGACUCGCCGCCCAUCCAGUCCACACCAUCACAGCAGUAUCUACCGAUGCAUCAGAACGGUCCCGCCUGGGUGGAGAAUUACCCGAUGACUGCAGCGUCGAAGCCAAUCGUCCCAUACAACGUACAGCCGACCGAACCCGCGCGCAUGCCUUCUCUCGUUACUUCGCCGCCGUCCGUGGAAACGUUCUCGCCGUACAUGAGCGGGUACUACGGCGAACUCCAAGGGACUUCACGGCGCGACUCCGCAUCGUCGUACUUCUCUUCGUCGAGCGGACUAGCGUCCUCUAUCUCCACCGCCCACUCGUCCUUUGACAUCCCUAGCCCACAAACGGCUGACAUGGGCGGCACGCAGCGGCGUUGGGGCGAGCCUGCCCUCAUCGACUCUCAGUCGCUCUACGACGGCCAGGGCUACGAACAGAUGCACGGGCAAAUACACAUGGGAACCCAUAUGGGUACGGACAUGCCACCGUACGGAUUUGACUCGAUGCACGAUAAACAUUACGAAUAAAGGGUACCGUUCUCUGUCGAUAGGUAAAUAGUAGAUGUGCAUUGUAUCCCAAAACGUUGCUUCUGUAGCCUCGCCUUCAUGGCGCAUCUCCGUCUCUCCGACCAUCCGCAGUAUUUAUCAUAUAGCUGUGUCGUCUCUCGUUGUCGGUCGUAUAUCUUGCCUUAUCAUUAUUCCAGUCACUCGCUCGUAGCUCUAUGUUUUUGUUAUUAUCCUCGUCAUCGGCUCAGUCUGACACCUUAGCAGUAGUAGUAGAGGCGUAAUGUCAGAAAAGGCACCGACUGCCCGAGGCGGUAGCGCAUCGUAUCGAACCAUCGUCUGACCAUCUAGAUUCGAUCGUGAACACAGACCAGUCAAUAUCGAGUGUGCACCGCCAGCAGCCCGUUCCCAGCUAGUCUCCGUUGCAGAUCAUAAUAGACCAUAAUACCCGGCAAGCGUCGUUCCCAGCGGACACCGAAAGCACAUCAUGAAACGAUUCAAACGACCAGGAUCUGUUGGGUCU